GGACAGUUUCUGAUGGGAGCAUUAAGGAAUGAAAAGCUUUGGCAAGAAGACCCUUUAUCAAAGUGCAGAAAUAUGGAAUUAGGCCCCAGAACCAUCAAGUCAUGUAGGAACCCAUCUAUGAGCCACCUGGACCCCUCUGCAACCACAGACAUGUGUACGUCUGUCUGACAUGCCCUUCUUUAGUCAUCUGCAUUUGAAAUUUUGCACCAAAGUGCCCUGGAUUCAGCGACUAGUUUAUGAACUUAAAAGGUAAAGCACGAAGUGCUUUUUCUAAUACACCUGGAAUCAGCUCCUCAUUAUAUGGGAUGAGCAAAUUUUAAAAAUAAAUGUGUUAAAAUAUCCAAAGUAUUAACCCAACUUAUUUUAAACAUCAUUGGAGUAUUUCUGUAAACAUUUAUUUGCUUAUACAAUGGCUGCGCAGAACAGACUUUAUUAGCCAUUUAUUGUAGAGGAUUCUCCAAACUGGUAAAAGGAGAUGUAAAAUAAAAUGCUUCAAUCUGAGUAAAGGCUUAAGUAACAACUAAGUUAAAUCUUUGCAUUAAUAGUAUUCAUAGAAAGGCAGAUGGGAGCAGAAAAUGUUGCGAUGAAGAAUAUGGAAUGAGAUGAGAUCACAGCAUCAGUCUGUCCUUUGUAGAUCUGGACAAUGAUCACAGAGCCAGAUUGGAUUAGUGAAACCUAUUUACCAGAAGUUCAGAGCGAUUGCAUGAAGCAGAAAGGCAGUCAGGAGGGAGAGGUGGAAAAUGCACCAGAUUUACAGCUGCAGCGACGAAAAUUUAGAAGUUUUCACUACCGUGAUUUCAUCCAAAUCAUGUAGUCCUGCCCGAAGACGAGCCAAAACUACACAGCACAUCCUAACAAAGAGUGUGGUAGCCAUAUCCGACCGUCGUCCCCAUCAGGGUGACCUCCUCCAGGUGCUGUACAGCGAAGACGAGGUGCAGGGCUUGGGCCACCUGCAGAGCGUGCAGCGGGGACCCUCCCUGGCCAAAGGGGCUGCCCAGCACGUGGGAAUUACUGAACGAGAAUCAUCCAAGUCCUGUAAUCACCUGUUGGAUGGAAAAUCUUUGUUCCCACCAUCGCCAGUUACCCAUAUCACAGCAAAAGCAGCGCCUGUCACAGACCCUCCCGCAGGUGACGGUACUUCUACAGACGACCACAGGCAGCGCUGGAGGAAGACAGCAGAAUACGACCUGAGCCUGCCACCAGCAGCAGAAGCUUCCCUGCCGCUGACAGGAGGCCACCUGUGUGGGACACCCAGCCUCCUGAGGAAGAUGUGGAUGAAGCACAAGAAGAAGUCAGAGUACCUGGGAGCAACAAACAGUGCCUUUGAGGCGGACUGAUAAGGCUCAGCAUCACUCAGAAAGACCCAAGGUCCUUUGGCCAGGACAAGGUGCUCUAGGAUCACUGAGGGAACAGGCACAGUACAGCUCAUCCAGGAAGACAAUAUCCUUUUUAUUACUCGAUGCCAUUGCCUCAGAAUGAUGGGAGAAAGGCUAAGGUAAAUGGUGAACGUAAUGCAACUCACUGGCCUUUCUUUGUUGUGAUAUGCUAAAAUACCAAGUACCUAACCAGAUUUACAUCUUGACUCAAUGAUGCCGAAACUACUGCUGGCCCACUCAACAUUUUACGUGUCCUGUCUGAAUCAGCUCAGAUACACAACAAGAAAAGCCUACCAAGAGGUUUGUGUGCUCCUGCAAGGCGACAAAUCAGUUUCAGGGUGCCAUUAAAUCCCAGGGCUCUGCUCAUUGUGUACCACUGCUUGUCCUCUUCCCCCUCUCAUAUCACGAGAUAAAAACCGCAUCAUACUAUAUGCUUGGUUGAAUGACAUGUGCUUAACACCUUUUUUUCUUCAGUUUCGAUGUUUCAAGACAGGGGCAAAAGAUGUAGUAAUUCUAAGAGAAUGGGUGAGCCAGAACUGAGCAAGUUUGCAAACACACAUUUACCAAAUUCUGCUAUGUGACAAGUGAUUGGUAUUUGAAAGUGUCCUGCCAGAUCAAACUGUGAGCGACUAGCUAACCUCAAGAGAUACUUCGUUCCAUAGAACCUGCUUGUAUGUUAUGUAAUAGUCAGCAACUUACUCUCUACCUAUGUGGUAUAGGAUAGUUCACUAAGUGCGUAAAACACUAGGAGGAAAGAAGAUAUGUAAAUGGGGUGACUAAGCAUGAGAUAUUUGCAUAUAGGAGACCUGUGUUUACGAACUGAUGCAUUUAAUGGAAUUAGCUCAAAAAUUUUCUCUUUUUUAUUUUUCAAUUCAGAAGUUAGUUUGAAAUUUUUCUCUUUUUUUUUUUUUCAAUUUAGAAAUUGCUGAUCAUGGUCCUUUGGUUUUUCCUCCCAAAGAAAAAAAAGUUUUAUAAAAAAUAUUUCACCAGUAUUACAGACAAUAUUAGUAAUGAACAAUAUUUGCCUCAUAUGAGCGCUCUCCUGGUUAUUAUAAAACAUUUCAGUUUGCCUAAACACAGACCUUGAAAUACAAAAUUGGAGGAAGCAUGUCUCCAACAGCUCAUAGUAAUGACAAUCGUCUCUAAUCUAACUGCCAGUGCCCCAAAGCAUAAAUGAAAAAUCAAAGUUGCACUGGAUGACAGAAGCAGAGGAAAAAAGCUCUCAUCGGAAACUUGCUUACCUGCAGCCAGUGUACUGAAACUACUGAUUUGCCAUCAUACAGUGGCAGGGUGCUGAGAUGAGGAAGCUCCAGAGCCGUGGACCCACCAAAGGUCUGAACCAUACAUCAGUAGUGUUAACAGUGGGUACAGCUCCUUCCCCUCCUGCCACAACCACCUGGGCAACUUCUGCACUUGGGCUACCUCUGACUUCAGCCACUGCAUGUGUUAAGCUCAUCUUCAGCCUGGACUUAGAAAAAAGUAUAUUCCUAAUUUCUCUUGCAGCACAGGACUGAAGGAGCCUUGAAUUACAGUCUGCAGAGCUGCAGGCUCAGGAGCCCCCAGCUCAGAGGUACCAGGGUACCUCCUGGGAGGGAGGGAAAUGCUGCUGAAGCAGCCAGCUCCUCUCUCUUUGGGUUCACAGGUUCUCACUUUGACAACCUGAGCAACCAAAGCCCACAAGAUGGGAAAACAACUGGAGCAGCCCAGUAACCAACUUGCUUUAUAGAGUAAAUGUCCCUGGUGCCUCCAAAGAAGGUGGCAGGUGACACCUGCAUGGGGCUGGACCUGCUAAAGAAGGUGGUGGGAUGGAGAUGGAAGUGUAUAUUUUAAAGAGUACUAUGGCUUUUCAUAUGGCCAGAGCCAACCCGGUCCAGAGUCUGCCAAGGAGGGGAGAGGCACUAGACCUCCAUAAAAUACUUCUGUCAGCCUUCACGUUCAGCUGUCCACCGCUGCUUCUGUCACAGGCUUCUCCUUCAGAAGUGCUCAACAACUCACAGAGGACACCCUUGCAGCUAGAAGUCACACAGACUCUCCCCUCCUCCUUACCCAAGACCAAAGUCCUUCUGUGGCCCAGCAGCCUGACUGAGGGAUGAUUUCCUCUCCUGCUUUUGUUUCUUCCUCCUGGGAAAGGACGGGCACACAGCUCAUCAUUAACCAUGCGCUGAAAGGCCCCGGCUGCUGGCAAGGCGAGAAGAGGCAAUGGUGGGCUGGCAUGGACCAUGUGUCACCAGCCACGGUGUGUGGGAGCCACGCCGAUGCCGGCUGAAGGCUGCACACCUGAACAGCACCAGAGGAGCUUUCUCACAGGGGUCCAACAAGCCUGAGAUGGUGCCCCUGCACAACAGCCCAGACACUGUAACCCUGCCAACGUCAGGUCUUCGAUGACUGAACCAAGCUGCAGCCAUGGCUGAGUUUGUCCUGAAAUGUCUUUCACAAGUGUCACCAAGCACACUACUCCCUCCCACUCCCCAGCCCGCAGAAAUCCUGCCACAAGCCUUGGCCUCGUACACACGUGCUAUUUUUACACAUAGAGGUAAACCUGGUAAAUUCAGUGGGACUACUUUCUCGCACAGCAAUGCAUACGUUCAAGGCAUAAGGAGAAGUGUCAUCACCAGUUCCCUUUUUUAUUCUAAUUACCUAGGCAGAGCAAAAACAAAAAAGAUGGACAGAUGCUGAGAAAAGUCCAUUUGCUGCAUUUGGGGUAAUUAAGACAGUGAGUGUUUGUGGUACCUGCCCUUCUAGUGAACUUGACCCGUAGAGCACCCAACACAGAGGCCAGGGCAGCAAGAGUUUUGUUUGUCACGAGAACUGUAUCGUAGCAUUUAGUUUGUUAAUUGAUAGCUUUAAGCAGUAUGAGGAUGAAGGAGGAGAAGAGACGAUUAAUGUUUCUACCUAAUUGCUGUAUCUUGAAAUGUGUAUUUAUGAUUUUCUUAUUUAUUUAAUUUAUAAUUUGGAUCUACAAGAGAAGGAGAGAUUUACAAGCAGCAUAUUUAAUUUUUUUGUAUUCCAGGAACUUCCAUGGAUAUUUCUUGUAUUGUAGUAGAUACUUAUUUUAUCGAUUCAAAUAAAAUAUGUUCCAUUCGUUACAAAAAAAUAAUAAAAUAAAGGAGCAAGUAGCAUGUGGUAGCA